AUGUCUCUUUCCCCUUCUACAAUUCAUACCGACAAAAUCACUUCUAUGUAUAAAAACCCCACACAAACCGUAAAUCCAUCCAACACGAAAAUCACAGCAAAGCGUCCAAAUUCAAGGAUAAAAAAUCUCAUCAAACUCAUUUCUCAAAUUAACUGAAUACCAAUUGUUCUUGAUUUUUUCUCUUGAAUUUCUUCUUCUGCUUCAAUGGCAGGCAAGGCAAUCGGUAUUGAUCUUGGCACCACUUACAGCUGCGUCGGCGUUUGGCAAAACGACCGAGUCGAGAUCAUUGCAAAUGAUCAAGGCAACAGAACCACUCCUUCUUAUGUUGCUUUUACUGACACAGAACGUCUGAUUGGCGACGCAGCGAAGAACCAAGUUGCUAUGAAUCCUCAUAACACAGUCUUUGAUGCCAAACGACUUAUUGGGCGUCGUUUCUCUGACCCAUCUGUUCAAAGCGACAUGAAGCAUUGGCCAUUCAAGGUUGUUCCUGGUCCUGGGGAUAAGCCUAUGAUAGUUGUGCGAUACAAAGGAGAAGAGAAGCAAUUUUCACCUGAAGAGAUUUCUUCUAUGGUGUUAACAAAGAUGAAGGAAAUAGCAGAGGCUUAUUUGGGUCAAACGAUCAAAAAUGCUGUUGUUACUGUUCCUGCUUAUUUCAAUGACUCGCAAAGGCAGGCUACGAAGGAUGCUGGUGCUAUUGCAGGUCUUAAUGUCCUGAGAAUUAUUAAUGAGCCAACUGCUGCUGCUAUUGCCUAUGGUCUGGACAAGAAAGCGUCAAGAUCAGGUGAAAAGAAUGUGUUGAUCUUUGAUCUUGGUGGAGGAACUUUCGAUGUUUCUUUAUUGACAAUCGAAGAGGGCAUCUUCGAAGUUAAAGCUACUGCCGGUGAUACUCAUCUUGGUGGAGAGGACUUUGAUAACAGACUUGUUAACCAUUUUGUUGCAGAGUUUAAGAGAAAGCAUAAAAAAGAUAUCAGUACUAAUGCCAGGGCCUUGAGAAGGCUGAGAACUGCUUGUGAGAGGGCGAAAAGGACUCUUUCUUCUACUUCUCAGACUACCAUUGAAAUUGAUUCUCUUUAUGAAGGUAUUGAUUUCUAUGCUACAAUUACCAGAGCAAGAUUUGAAGAAUUGAAUAUGGACUUGUUUAGAAAGUGCAUGGAGCCUGUCGAAAAAUGUCUUCGCGAUGCCAAGAUUGAUAAGAGUCAAGUUCAUGAUGUUGUUCUUGUUGGUGGGUCAAAGAGAAUUCCCAAAGUCCAACAACUUUUGCAAGAUUUCUUCAACGGUAAAGAACUCUGCAAGAGUAUAAACCCUGAUGAGGCUGUCGCGUAUGGAGCUGCUGUUCAAGCUGCAAUAUUAAGCGGUGAAGCUGAUCAGAAAGUUCAAGAUUUGCUUCUUUUGGAUGUGACUCCUCUUAGUCUUGGAAUUGAGACUGCUGGUGGUGUCAUGACAGUCUUGAUUCCAAGAAACACAACAAUUCCUGCCAAGAAAGAGCAGGUUUUCUCUACUUAUGCUGAUAACCAAACAAGUGUACUCAUUCAAGUUUACGAAGGCGAAAGGGCUAGAACCAAAGACAACAAUCUUCUUGGCACAUUUGAGCUUAAAGGCAUUCCUCCAGCGCCAAGAGGUGUUCCUCAGAUAAAUGUUUGCUUCGAUAUUGAUGCAAAUGGAAUCUUGAAUGUCUCCGCGGAGGAUAAGACUGCAGGAGUAAAGAACAAGAUUACAAUUACUAAUGACAAGGGAAGGUUGAGCAAGGAUGAGAUUGAAAGAAUGGUACAAGAAGCAGAGAAGUAUAAAGCAGAGGAUGAACAAGUGAAGAAGAAAGUGGAGGCAAAGAAUGCACUAGAGAAUUAUGCUUAUAAUAUGAGAAAUACAAUCAGAGAUGAGAAAAUUGCAGGUAAAUUGGAUGCAGCAGAUAAACAGAAGAUUGAAAAGGCAAUUGAUGGAGCAAUUGAAUGGCUGGACGGGAACCAACUAGCAGAAGUAGAUGAAUUUGAGGACAAGCUGAAAGAGUUAGAGGGUUUGUGUAAUCCAAUCAUUUCAAAAAUGUAUCAAGGUGGCGGUGGGGAUGUACCGAUGGGUGGCGGUCAGCCAGGAAGUGGGUAUGGCAAGGGUAGCACUGGUGGUUCUGGUUCUUCUGGUUCAGGGCCAAAGAUUGAGGAGGUUGAUUGAGGAAUUGAAAGUUUAUUCAUCUUGUAUGGUCUGCCUUUGAGAUGCGCUCUGUUUGCUCUGUUUUAGCUUGCGUUUGAGUUAAAUAUUCCAAAUAAAUAAUUCUCUUGUAGUGUAGGGAUGUAAAAGAAAUAAUAUAGAGUUUGCUCUGUAUGUUUUCCUCAUUUUGUUGUCAAUCUAAUUUUGUGAUAAGUUUGGUGACAACGAUGAUUAUUAUUAUUAUUA